CGCAAGGGCGCGCGGAAGUGUUCAGUGCGCAGGCACAAGGAGCCGUGGAUUAUGGCCACUUCCUCGGUGUCCAAGGGCUGUUUUGUUUUUAAACCAGACUUCAAGAAAAGAAAGAUCUCUGUGCCAAUAGAGGAUUAUUUUAAUAAUGAGAAACUUGAGUCUGAGGACAGUAAACUGCGAUUUGAAACGUAUCGCUUGCUAUGGCAACGGAUGAAAUCUGAAACAGAGCAACUACAGGAAGAAUUAAAUAAAAAUCUAUUUGGUAACCUAAUUGACUUUCUGCAAAAGUCCCAUUCUGAUUUCCAGAAAAAUUCAAGAAACUGGGGCUGUCAAAUAAAACUGAGAGAAAUCCCAACUGCUGCUCUUAUUCUUGGUGUGAAUGUCACAGAUCAUGAUUUAAUAUUCAGAAGUCUUACAGAGACCCUUCAGAAUAAUGUCACACCAUAUGUAGUCUCAUUGCAAGCUAAGGAUUGUCCAGAUGUGAAGCACUUUUUACAAAAGUUGACCUCACAGUUGAUGGACUGCUGUGGGGAUGGAAAAUCCAAAGAGGUGAAAAGUGUUAACAUCCCUAAAAAGACAAAUUAUUCAAUGGAAUCACUUUCCAGAUGGUACAUGACUGUCACACAGGCGACAGGCCCAAAAAUGACAGUCAAAAAGAGAACUUCUUCUAGCCAUUGGCAGUCUCCGCCUGUUGUGCUUCUCUUAAAGAACAUGGAGAGCUUCGGCACAAAAGUACUCCAAGACUUCAUAAUCAUCAGCAGUCAGCAUCUGCAUGAAUUUCCACUGAUUCUCAUUUUUGGAAUCGCCACAUCUCCUGUUAUUAUCCAUCGGCUGCUUCCUCAUGCAGUGUCGUCUCUUCUGUGUAUAGAACUCUUCCAGUCUUUGUCUUGCAAGGAGCACCUGACGGUAAUUCUUGAUAAGCUGCUGCUUACAGCUCAGUUUCCUUUUAAAAUAAGUAAGAAGGCGUUACAGGUUCUGACCAACAUCUUCUUAUACCAUGAUUUCUCAAUUCAAAACUUCAUCAAAGGCCUUAAGCUUUCUCUACUGGAACAUUUUUAUUUGCAACCCCUAAGUGUCCUGUGCUGUGAUCUCCCAGAAGCCAAGAAAAGAAUAAAAUGUUUCUCAGUUAAUCAAUGUGAAAACAUCCGGCGCCUUCCAUCAUUUAGGAGGUACGUGGAAAAGCAAGCUUCAGGAAAGCAAGUUGCACUGUUGACCAAUGAGACAGUUUUAAAGGAGGAAACUCAAUUAUUACUGGAAAACUUGCAUGUUUACCAUAUGAAUUACUUCCUUGUUUUGAGAUGUCUUCAUAGUUUUACAUCUUGUCUUCCCAAGUAUCCACUGGGUCGACAGAUCAGGGAGCUGUAUUGCACAUGUUUAGAAAAGAAUAUAUGGGAUUCCGAGGAAUAUGCAUCAGCCUUGCAGCUGCUGAGAAUGCUGGCAAAGGAUGAACUGACGAACAUACUUCAGAAAUGUUUUGAGGUUUUGAAUUCCUCCACCAAAAAGCAGCUUGGAAGCACAACCCAGAAAGUAAAGGAUUUCCUGACCCAGUUUCAGAACCUUGAUGCAGAUAGCAAAGAGGAAGAGGAUGCUUGUGGAUCACAGUCAAAGGGGCUGCAGAAAACAGAUCUCUAUCACCUUCAGAAGUCCUUAUUGGAAAUGAAAGAGUUAAGGAGAACAACUAAGAAGCAAACCAAGUUUGAAAUGCUCAGAGAAAAUGUUGUGAACUUCAUGGACAACCUAGUGAGAAGUUACCUUCUGCCUCCAGAGAGCCAGCCUUUACAUGAGGCGGUGUACUUCAGCGCUGCCCAUACGCUUCGUGAGCACCUAAAUGCUGCGCCACGAGUCGCCCUGCACACGGCACUCAACAACCCUUAUUAUUAUCUAAAGAAUGAAGCCCUGAAAACUGAGGAAGGCUGUAUUCCAAAUAUUGCCCCUGACAUCUGUAUAGCAUAUAAACUGCACCUGGAGUGUAGCCGGCUAAUUAACCUUGUCGACUGGUCAGAGGCUUUUGCAACAGUUGUGACAGCUGCUGAAAAAACGGAUGCAAAGUCUACAACCUCAGAAGAAAUGAAUGAAAUUGUCCAUGCUCGAUUUAUUAGAGCUGUUUCUGAACUAGAGCUUUUAGGCUUUAUAAAACCUACGAAACAGAAGACUGACCAUGUGGCAAGGCUGACAUGGGGAGGCUGCUGAAGCGCAUAUAAGACAGGGCUCCACAUCUAACAAAAUAAAAGAAACCUGGCACAUGCUACUA